UUACGGUUAAGGUUAUUGUAUAGGUGUUAUAGCAGGCUAGCGUAAUUCGUUUCUUUCUGCACCGUGUUGCAUUUGCUUUAUGCCAAAUGGUAACAAAACAAAGAGUUUGGCAAGUUCACUGUUGUACAAGUAGCUAGCUACACUAGCUAGUAGCUGACAAUGCUCAACUACUUAAAAACGAUUAGUUAGUAACAUGCGCUAGUUCAUAGCUAAAUGAUUUGCAAUUGCAAUUGUUAGUUGAGCAUUGUAUACCCAAUCAAGAUCACACACACUAUGUUAAUUAGUUUGACCAAGUCACAUUAUUUUGUUUACUUCUGUCCUGUUUAAUAAAAAAAUCUUCAGCAUCUUAUAGCAGACAUGGUCACAGCAGUACAGUGUGUGCUAGCUAAAUUGCUGGGCCCCCUAUGGAGGAAGGUAGAGGUGGAUGAAGAAGACUGUUUGUAUGAGGCAGCUAUGGAAGAGAUCCGCCAGCUGCGAUGCAGUGUGGUGACCCAGCUGUGUCAGGACUAUGGCAUGAUUGAUGAUGCUGUCUACUACACCACUAAAGAGGUGCUGGGAGGCGUACCGCUCAGAGUUGGGGACGUUGUCAACGGCCUUGCAGUGAGGGACAGUGUCCAAGGAGGUUGGAGAGCAUUGAGGGUGGAGAAGAACAGUGAUGCCUGGGAAGAUGGAGGGGGAGGAGCCAUGCUUGAGGCAGACAGCAAACAGCUCCGUCCUCUGAUUGGCACUGUGACAUCAUGUGACAAGGAUGGCGGCUUUAUCAAUCAAACCACUUUCUUUCCACCAAACGCACUUUGUGAAGGUUUUAAACCCAUGAAAGGGGACUGGGUCCAAGCGCAGUACUUCAUUAGUCCCACCCAGUGGAGCAGCCAAGCCCGCUCUGUGUCUCCCUUACGCUACCGCCGCAUGGACAAGGUACGAGUGUCAAGUGUGUUUGGCAGCAGUGGGGUGGUGGAGGACAGUGUGUUUUUCAGCCUGGAUAACCUUCUGCUUCCAACUGGGUACCAUCCCUCGCCUGGGGACCUGGUCAGUCUGGUUGUGUUGGAGAGCAAUCAGUCCUUCUACUGUUGGAGGGCUCUGUGUAUGGCUCCCAGUGAACACAGUAUGGGUACCAGGACCAUGCCAGAGGCUAAUUUUAGAAGUCUCCUGGAAGACAAGGGAGGCCUGGUGAUUGAAGACAAGACCUACUUUGGGACUCUGAUGCUGGGAGAUAACCAAGAGAUGGUGCUCUGGAUACAGAACCGUGGUUCUGAAACCCAUAAACUGACAUGUUGUGAGUUGUCUGACUGGGACUCAGAAAAUCAGUUUAGCUUUGGGAGUGCGACUGACCCACCGGGACAGAGAAAAGGAGCCCUGCAGCAGCCUGUUUUAACCCAGGUUCUGGGUGGGGGUAUUCUGGGCUUAACCAGCAAGCAGGCCCACAUGUUUGGCCCGUCUCUCUGCCUGAGAUCUGGGUCUACUUGGCCUAUGUCACAGCUCAAUGCUGAUGGGAUGACGAGUGAGAUAGAUGGAGAUGAGAAUGGAGAGGGCCAUCAGGAUACUGUUCUUACGCCUUCCAUACGGACGGAGAAGAGAGACGCAGAGAUCGCGCCAGGGGAGAAGCUAAAUGUGCGAGUGAGCUGCCGAGCGAAGACCAUUGGGCGUUGUGCAGAGCUACUGCUGCUGCGCUUCUCCUCCUUCACAAUCGGGAGGCUUCUGGAGGUCACAGUGGUCAGUAAAGAGGAGAGCCUUCUCCAGCCAUAUGCUCCUUACUGCCCGGCAGCAGUCCCAGUGAACCUUCCUCGGGCUUCCCAGGUGGUCACACUGAUGGCUUCACAUCCACCUCAACGCCUGAUUAAGCGCCACCUCCCUAACUUCCUGGGUAACUAUCCAGUUCCCCAGGCCCUACGAGACUGUGUCGAGGCCAACGGAGACGUUCUGGUGGCCAAGCCCUGUCUAGGAGAGACCCUGUCCAUGGCCAACUUUGCUCCCCGUUUCUCUUCCCUGUUGUGGCUUGAGGAGCUGAAGGCUGAGCAGGAGCUCAGGGAGUUCAGUAUCAGCGGAGCCCUCCUCAGGAGAGGCGCGGUCUACCUGCACCUGGAGGUGCUUGGCUUGGCCGAGGGAAGGCCGAGUCUCUUCAUAGGGGACAGAGUGGCUCUGAAGAAGCCUGUCAGUAGAGACCUGGUGAUGGAGUACAUUGGUUACGUCACAGAGAUCCAUGAAGAGGAUGUGAGUUUGAGAGUGAACUCUGAGUUUCAGCAGGGAUACCUGGGAGAGCCUCUGGACGUGGAGUUCUCCUUCAACAGGUUGACCAUGAGGCGAUGCCACCUAGCCCUGGACCAGACCAGGCACUUUGGAGAUAACGUUUUGUUCCCCACAGCGCUGGUGCUCCAGGCUCCUGUGUGGACAGGAGAGUGGGGUCCAGAGGAGUCUGACAAGAAAGAGGAGACGCCCAUAGCGGACGGGGUGAAGCUGUCUGGAAUCUCAGUCGACAUGGUGUCAAAGGCCACGCAAACCAAACCAGAUUCCGGACGACCCAUCCCCAGCCCGGGGCAGUUCUUCAACCGGCAGCUGAACCCGUCCCAGAGGGAGGCUGUGAAGCGCGUCCUGGCAGGAGAGUGUCGGCCCACGCCAUACAUCCUGUUUGGACCCCCCGGGACCGGAAAGACGAUCACCCUCAUAGAGUCCAUACUGCAGGUGUAUCACCGCCUUCCCUGUAGCCGCGUGUUGGUGUGCACUCCCUCCAACAGCGCCGCUGACCUCAUCUGUGUCCGGCUCCACGACAGCGGCUUCCUGAAAACUGCCAGCCUGGCUCGCGUCAAUGCCUCCUGCCGUCAGGAAGAGGCCAUCAUAGAAGUUCUAAGGCAGUACUCCCGGGCUGGGGAGGACAUCAAGCAAGCCUCCUUUCACCGGAUUGUAGUCAGCACCUGUUCCAGUGCCGGCAUGUUCUACCAAAUUGGACUGCGCGUGGGUCAUUUCACGCACGUGUUUCUGGAUGAGGCCGGCCAGGCCACGGAGCCAGAGGCACUGAUCCCCUUGGGGCUUCUGUCAGAGCAAGACGGACAGAUUGUUCUGGCCGGAGACCCCCGACAACUGGGUCCAGUUGUGAAGUCCAAGCUGGCUCAGGCGUUCGGUUUGGGGGUGUCCUUGUUGGAAAGACUGAUGGCCAACCCUCUGUACUCUAAGAAUGGUGGGGAAUAUAACCCCCUGCUGGUGACCAAGCUAGUCUAUAACUACCGUUCCCACGAGGCCCUCCUGUCCCUGCCGUCUAGACUGUUCUACGGGGGGGAGCUGUGUGUCAGGGCCCAGAGAGCCAUAGUAGAUUCCCUCUGUCACUGGAGCCGUCUCCCCACCAAGGGAUUCCCCUUGAUUUUCCAUGGAGUCAGGGGCACAGAGAUGAGGGAGGGAAACAACCCGUCGUGGUUUAACCCUGCCGAAGCCGUCCAGGUAAUGCUGUACUGCUGCCAGCUGGCCAAGAAGCUCUACCACCCUGUGGCACCCUCUGACAUCGGCAUCAUCGCCCCCUACAGGAAACAGUCAGAGAAGAUCCGAGUGCUGCUUCACAGGGUAGGCCUGUCUGACAUCAAGGUGGGCUCUGUGGAGGAGUUUCAGGGCCGGGAGUUUCUGGUCAUCAUAUUGUCCACGGUGAGGGCGAAUGAGUCAGUGCAGGGUGACGACCUUCAAAGCACCCUUGGAUUCCUGUCUAACCCAAAGCGCUUCAACGUGGCUGUCACGCGUCCCAAAGCCCUGCUUAUCGUCGUGGGCAACCCACACGUCUUAGUCAAAGACCCCUGCUUCCACGCUCUCCUCCAGUACUCUUUUGAGAAUGGGGCCUUCCUGGGCUGUGAUCCCCCAGCCUGUCUCAAGGCUUCCCAAUGAGCUGCUGCCGAGAAUGAGGAAUGAGUUGGCUGCUCUCAAGCCUGCCCGGCUGCCCAACAGUCCCUGUUCUAUGUGUUCAAAGAGGUUUCUUACAGUUGUUACGUUAACAUGACUUGGCUCUCUACCAUGUUCUUAGACACCGUGAAGUCUUUGGAAAGAUAAGGAAUAUGUAGAACUUUAGCAAUAUGUUUUCUCUUCUGAUUAGUGGACCGUCGAUGCAGUUUUCAUGCAAUCCACUAGGUGGCAGUAAUAAAUCUGAU